AGCUGGCUACAUUGUACUGCUUGAGUAUUUUCCAGCAAAGAUACAAUAAUUCAUGCUGUAAUGUGAUGAAAUAUACCAGCAAGACAUUUGAUUAACCUUUGAAAAUAGGCAGUUUCUUCAUUCAUGAAUUUCACAAAUAAUCAAGUGGAGUAUGUCAAUUCUUCAACUCUGUCCUGUUCAGGAGCAUCACCAACACCAGCUGAUGUGCCGUUGUACAUGACUGUAGCAGCAGUGAUUUCAGUGACAGUGUGUGGAAAUCUACUUGUCAUCGUCUCCAUCUGCCACUUCAAGCAGCUCCACACACCAACCAACUUCCUCCUCCUCUCUCUGGCUGUGGCAGACUUUCUUGUUGGCGUAGCUGUGAUGCCUGUCCACUUUGCUCUCUUGCUGAAUCCAAACUGGUGCUUUGGUGCAAUUUAUUGCAUCAUUUGCAACGUAGCGUCCUUUCACCUGACUUGCGUGUCAAUUUACAAUGUAGCCUUCAUCGCUGUGGACCGAUAUUUUGCUCUAAGCAACCCUUUUCUUUACUGCACUAAAAUGAGAGUGAAUCUGACUUUGAGGAUACUGUCCAUUCUUUGGUUGUGUACAUUUAUCUACAAUGUAGUGCUUCUUUUUUCCAAUAUGACAGAAAAUAAUAAAUUUUCUGAGUGUAUUAUUUCAAUUAACAAAAUAUGGACUAUUUUUGACUUUAUAAUAGUAUUUAUUAUGCCCUGCAUGACAAUCAUAGUUAUGUACCUGAAAGUAUUUGCCAUUGCAAGAAGACACGCUAACAAGAUAAACUGCGCCAGACAACAGCAUUCAAAGGGUACGAAACUUAAAAAUUUUUCAAUGGCGUCAGAAAGGAAAGCAGCAAAAACACUUGGAAUUCUAGUGGCAGUGUUCCUGCUGUGUUUGAUUCCUUUCUACAUAAGUGCUUUCCUGAUUGUAUAUAUUAGGAAACCGUCCGUGUAUCUUGUGUUUCUGAAUACCACAACUCUUAUAUAUCUGAAUUCUACAAUCAAUCCUAUAAUUUAUGCUCUAUUUUAUCCAUGGUUUCAAAAGUCCAUUAAACUCAUUUUAACACUGAGAAUAUGUACCUCACAGUCUUCGUUGAUGAACGUGCUUGUAAAGGAAACAUAAACAAUGUAUUUAUAUUAGUGUUUCCCACAAUAAUAUAGAACUCUGACACUCAUAAUUAACUCCACUGUUAAAAUAUGAUUCACUAGCAUUGCUUCCAUUGUUUUUUAUCUCUGCUUUUCAGUGUUUCUGUAUUUUAAUUAGUUAGUUUAAAAGAAAUCAUACUUUUGAUAUAGUGCCCAGCGCAGUCUUAUUAUACUGUGUAUGUCAUAGUUUAGUUAAGUUUGUAAUUAUUUUAGGUAAGAUUUCACUGACUUUCAAGGUAAAUGAUGUAAAUUACAAACAUAUCUUACUCACUUUUAGGGCAUUAGGGGGAAAUGAAGAAGGAACACCAUCAACCACUCAACCAUACACUAUGAAUAUGGUCAGUAUAAUGCAUAGUAUCACAAAAGCAAAGUGCAAAACUCGCAUCUCCUUCUUUUUCACUUCUCGUGACACAAAACAAGGAGGACAUAAGACAACCAAAUUGAUUUUGAAGUAAUGGGGAAGGUACGUUUACAGCAAACUUCCAAGCAGACACCAUAAUAGGGCCUUUGCAUAACAUUUCUGCGAAGGUAUCCAACAUAUUCAUACAGACCAAAAUAUGUCAAGAGGUCAAAUAUGCUUAUUGUACACAAAUUUGUAUGCAUUUGUUAGGAUUUGUUAGAAUUUUUAAAAAAAGGAUAAAAGUCAAGUCGACGCAUGCCUUUUUCUCAUUUAAUAUAUAUUGGAAAAGCAUCUACAAGUGUUGUCUUUCAUUUAUUUCUACAUUAAGCUCUGGAGUCCACCUCCCAUUAGUCCUUUGGUUUUGUGGUGCUUUACCUUUUGAAAACAGCUGAUGUUGAUCUGUUGCUUCACAGUGAUGCCCAGGAUUAAUUUUAGUUCAACUGUUACCUCAUUAUUGCAGUAAUGUGUCUAUUUCAUUUUUAUUUGAGUUUAUAUUUUAAGCAUAACACUGCAUGAGAAUGUAACAUAUUACUAGUUUCAGUUUGA